CAGAAUGCUAAGUCCGCAGAAUCCACAAUCGACCGAGGCCGAGCUGAUCCCCAAGACCGACAACCGAUGCCGGUUUCGGCCCACGAUACUAUUAAAUGGGGUCUUGAACGAAGCAAUUGACUAUGCUGAUCUGAUCUAAUCUAAUCUGAUCUAACUCGACAUCGAGCCGCCUAGCUGUAGCUCCUAUGAUUGGUCUUGAAUCCUGGAUGAGACGAGAGAAGGCCCUUCCAGCACUAUAGGCAACCGUCAGGAUUUCGGAAAACUCGGACCAGCAUGUCCUUGGACGUGUCCGUAUCGACCAUGGCCGGCAGGGGUUCUUACGCCGUGUCGUGUAUAUAUAUAGCUGUCUUACCAUGUCUUUGGCGUGCUUCCUCGUUGGUGAGAGCUAUGCUGAUGAUAUAAGGUUCAUUUCUAUAUUACUUUGCUUAGGUCGCUAGAAAUAUAAAUCACAUAAGAUUCCACUCCAACAUGUUCAAGAAGACAUGGCUCGUAAUCAGGGCAGUGGGGAAUAUUGCCUCCUUCCUCGGCUACCUAGUCUCUCGCUCUGCGUGGCUUCGUAUGAGGCGCAUUCGCCACCGUCUCUCACCGCCUGCUUCUUCCAAAUCUGAAAAGCAUGAACUGCUCAGUAUCGUUGUCAUCGGAGCAUCAAUGGCGGGGUAUCACGCUGCCAAAUCGAUUGCUGAGUCCAUCCUCCCUGGUUUGCCCUACCGGGUCGUCGUCAUUGAGGCUCGCGACCGUUUCCACUUCACAUGGGUUCUGCCGCGAUUCUGUGUGGUAGAGGGACAUGAACACAAGGCAUUCAUCCCGUACGGUCCUUAUUUACGUCGAAUAUCCGAGCAUGCGUUGCGAUGGAUCCAAGGACGCGUUGUUCGCAUCACAAAAUAUAGCGUACGACUAAGCAGUGGCGAGGAGAUCCCCUACGAGUUCCUGGUAGUGGCAACAGGGGCAGGUGCCACAGAUUCAUUACCAAGCCGUGUACAAUCCGAUGAGAAAACUGAAGGCAUUCGGCAGCUGAAAGACAUUCAGCAGAAGAUAAAAGAGGCGAAGAGUCUGGUUGUAGUCGGUGGGGGCGCGGCUGGUGUCGAAUUGGCAACAGACGCGAAGUCAUACUACCCCGAGAAGACAGUGGUCUUGGUGCAUUCGAGGGACAGCGUCAUGCACCGGUUUGGGCGCAGGCUACAGAGAGCAGCGAUGGCGGGCUUGCAAGAGCUGGGAGUGGAAGUUAUUACAGACGACAGACUGAUAAGGGAGGAAAAAGAACGUGGCGUCGUGAUAUUGAAGAGUGGAAGGGAGGUUAAAUGCGAUUUUCUUGUCAAUUGUGCAGGCCAGAGGCCUAACUCCAUGCUCAUUCAGGAGUUAAGCCCAAAGUCUGUGACCCCUUCGGGUCACAUCCUUGUCGAACCCACGAUGCAGAUCUCUGACGGAUCGCUGUCCAAUGUCUAUGUAUGCGGUGAUGUUGCACAUAAUAGUACAUCGAACCCGAAUUCUAGAAGCGCCAGAGCUCAGGCUGCGGUUGUUGCCGACAAUGUGAUACUGGCUAUGGACGGACAUAAACCCACUAAAACGUAUAAGCCGCAAUGGCUAGAAGCCUUGAUCAAACUUACUCUAGGAUUGGAUAAGUCAGUCACACAUAUUGGCGACUUUGGCGGAACAGAGUUGCUCUUCUCGACUCAGGAAAAAGACCUUGCCCUAAUGUCGGGAGGAGCCUGGAAAUAUAUGGGCGCAACCCCCUUUCAGGACGAAAUAGAGACUCUUCAGCGAUUUGUCACCAAAGCGUGACCGUUUUUGUUAUCGGUCGUGCGUUAACUCGGACGUAUAUACUUACACCACACUGUCUCGCAUACUGAAUAGCCUUCGAAAAUACUGUCACCUUCUACAGGUCGUUCUAUAAUACCUACUGUUAGGAUUGUUGAGUUUUUGACAAAAGGGGUAAUGUAAUAUGAGGUGUAUGGAAUGGGAGAUUGACUGGCAUGAGAGGUUUUGUUUUGUUGUUAUAUUAUGAGAUUGACUAGCACAUGUCUAGAGCGGUUGCGAUGGUCAAGCUCACGAAUACGUGCCCAAUAGAAGAUGAGACAGAUAUAGUCAGAAGCUGUGAUGCCUUUAGGUAGGUGCUUUGUUAGCGAUUUUGUG